GCCGUGAAAGUAUCCCAUGGUCAUUAUCUGAUAUUUUUGAGCUGGAUGGAAAUCAGGCAUCGAGGUCACCAGAGUGAAAAUAUUGCAGAGAUUAAUAGACAGUUAGCAGAGAAACUUGGCAUCACAGAUGGAGAACAGGUAUUCCUUGAGCCCUGUUCCCAUGUCUCCUCCUGUCAGCAAGUAGAAGUGGAACCACUCACAGCAGAUGAUUGGGAAAUUCUGGAGCUGCAUGCUUCCUCCCUUGAGAAACAUCUCCUUGACCAGAUUCGAGUGGUUUUUCCAGGAGCCAUCUUCCCUGUGUGGGUAGAGCAGCACACUCACGUUUACAUCAGAGUUGGUACGCUGAUGCCAGCAGCCCCAUAUGGGAGGUUAGAACCAUGCACGGAGCUUCUGAUAUGUCCCAAACCACACGGACCUGAGGAGAACAUCACCAGCACCCCUUCCUCAGAACGUGACACCUUCCUCAAAAAUUUUGUGAAAAAUAACAUGGAGCAGGAAGCAGCAGUAAAGGAUCCUUUUGCCCAGCAAGCUUACUUAAAACCUGGAGACCUUGAGCAGAGUGAGGCUGAUGCAAAUGUGACAUUUGGCUCAAGUGUUCUCCCAAAUAUGUGGAAUUUCAUAGGAAACAUUUUCUCUCAUAUGGCUGAGCAGAAACAAAAGACUUCAUGUGAUAAAGAUGAAAUGAGCAUCUGCACCGACAAGCUGCUGAACUUAAUUCACAUGGAUUCCAUUUUCAGAGUGUGUCAGUCCCAGCCUCCCAGUGUGCAGAAUGUAGCUGCCACUCACGCAUUUCUGAAGUGCAAUGCUGUCCAUGUUUUUUCGUGGAAUUUAGAAUUUAUUGAUUUGGAUCCCAAUCCUGUAGUAUCUUAUGGGAAAAUUAACGAGCUGCGUUCCCCAAGACAGCGUCAUCAAGAAGCAAAGCAAAACCUGCCACUUGAAAAGCAAAAGCAUUUGUCUAGUACACAAGACAAAAAUCAUUUUAAUAGCAGUCAAGCAUCCAGUGAGGGAUCUGUUGUUCAAAUCGUUUGGAAUGGGUUUGAAGACCUAAAGAGUGUCAUAGAAUGUGGCCACAGUGGGGGAGCCCUACAUGUUGGAAGAGUUUGGAUUCCAGAUGGUCUGAGAAAAAAACUACAAAUUGAAAUACAUUCAACAGUCCGAAUUAAGUCCAUUGAAUCUGUUCUUAAAAUUCCUGUCUCUCUUACACUGCAGCCCAAACAGAACUUACAUAAAGAUAUACACGAAGAUGAGGUUAAAAGUGCUUUCAGUUCUUGGCUGCAGGAUUCCACAACUGAUGAUCACCCAUGGAUAAUGGCAAGCACAGACUCUAUACAUCUGUCUGUUAAAGAAGGAAUGGAGGAGUUUGUCCUUAGUGUAGCACAUCCUGCACACACUGAAGAAAAUAAGUCUGAGAAUAUUUUUGUGCUGAGUCCCAGUUUGCUGCAAAAGACUAAUAUGCAAGUUCUUUUGCAACCUCUAAGUAGAAAAGCUGAUGGUGAUGGUGACAACCAGACACCUGUGCAUGAUACAGACAAGAACCUUCCAUACCACAAACUAAAUGAUUUAGGAGGAGUGGACAAAUUAGGAGCAUCUUUGUUUGAACACAUAAGCCACAGCCUUCUGGGCCGUCCUCUGUCUCAGAAGCUGGCUGCUAUUGCUGUGGGACUGCGCAAUGGAGGAGUGCUGCUCACUGGAGGAAAGGGAAGUGGAAAGUCAACAUUAGCAAAGGCCAUCUGCAAAGAAGCUUUUGAUAGACUGGAUGCUCAUGUGGAAGUAAUUGAUUGUAAGGCUUUAAGAG